UUACCAUUUUUCAAAUACAAGUUCCCAAUCAACGUCUGAGUCAAUGUAAAAAGUCUAAUAAACUCAAUGUAAGAAAUUUUUGAAAAAAAAAAAUCCAGACGAUAAUCAUGUUAAGAAUAUAUAUUUUACUUUAUAUUUUAUUUGCUAAUACGGCGAUAAGCAAGUGUAAUGUGCAGAUAGGUCCAGAACCAUGGGACUAUGUGAAUAAUAUCAAUUCAAUUGCGAUUGACGAGAAUAUACCACCUGAUCUUAAAAAUAAGCCACAAAGAAAAGUACAAGCCAACAAUAACAUAGCAACAGGUGAAUGGUUUUAUAAAAGGAUAUUAACUAUUGUUUUAAAAGGAGGCCAAAUAAAGAAAAAUGAUGAUGGUACUAUUGAUAUAUUACUGCAGAUGAAGUACAAUGAAGAACGUUGGAAUAUUCUUGAUGGCUAUAUCAAGCCUAAUACCGUUUAUUCUGAAGAUAUGUAUAGACGUUCCAUGGGAUAUAUAGAGGAAGCUAUAAUUAAACCAAGUAUCAGUGAGAAGAUUGUCUUUGCAUGGAGUGAAUACUUUCAAUACUAUUUAACAGAAUAUAAGGUACACAUUAUGUGGGCUACAAGUAUUGUAGCAGGAGUCAUGACAAUAUUUUGGUUAUGGAACCAUAUGUCACAUAAACAUUUAAUAAUAUUAAUGAUUAUUGGUCUUUAUUUAUACGAAGUGUUGAUAUCUUAUAAGGAGGCUGAAAAACAAGAACUAGAUAGAUUUAUAACAGCUGUCAACAUGUGCAAGUGGUACAUUUGGACAACGGACUGUCAUGUGUCACCACCAGAUCCUCUUAUAUUCAUGAAACACAUGAAUCCACUAAAAAUCGGCAUCCGCAUGUUCACCACACUGGUAUCAGAACCCAUGAUAACAAUUUGUGAAACUAUGAAAAUUAUAAUUCAUGGUGUUACUGAUGGAUUAUGGUUUCCAUUGAAUAAAAUUAUGUAUGGAAUUUUGGUUGUAACUUUCAUGAUACUUGUGGUAUUUUUGCUGAUAAUCAUAAUUUUCAAUUAUAUUCUAAACAUUCCAUUCAAGUUAAGCUUUUUGGGUAUUGUCAGUAUUGGAUUAAAACAACGUAAUAGAAGAAUGCAAAAUACUAUUGUCAAUGAGCCUAUUAGUACACCAAGAAGUGAUAAUGGUGAUAGAAUUAGUGGCGAAAAUUUGUCGAAGCUCUUAGAAGUGUACACACGUGCCUUAAAUACUGUUACCUCUUCACAAAUACAACAAAAAAAUACAUCACAAAACACAAAUCCAUCUCUGACAUAUAAUUCAAAAUUGACAAGAUCAGCAAGCACAGGCCGAUUGCCCAAUUAUGAAUGUGAACAUUUUAUUAAUAACAAUACUUUACAAAGAUAUAAACAAAAUGGAGGUGGAGAUGCUCACUGAUAUUAUAGUAAUUUUUAUCUUAAUAAUUACAACUAGUCUACUACCUACUCAGCAUUCUAAAAUGUGAGAUGAUAAAAUAAAAUCUUAACUUUAUGCUGCAUGUCAGGUGGCAAAAAAUAAUAAAGAAAAAUAAUUUAAUUUAAAGACUAACACAAUAAUACACAUAAAUAAGUAUUUAAAUGUUCAUAGCUUGGGAUAGUAUAAAAAAAAAAAAACUUAUUUAAUUUUAAAUGCAAAUUUAAUUCGAAGUCCAAUCAAGUUAGUUAAGUAUUGUAACAAAUGUUUUUUAAUAACCAUGUAUGUCUUCUAAUACUAUUUGUAAAUAAAUAAACAUUUUAAAUGGUAAUUUUUAUUUUAUUAAGUGAUGCUUAGUGAGUAGUGGUGUAAGAAAAUUAAAAUAUAUUAUUUAAUAGAAAUAUUUCGUUCAGAUACAAAGAAGCAUAAUUAAUUUAUUAAAAAAAUGAUACAACAGUAUCUAAGUAAGAAGCAAAUUCUAAUCUCGAUUUAAUUUCUUAUAUUACUAACGCUA